AUGGCUGAAUAUGCGGUCGAUGAUGAAAUCGCUGUAUUCUUCCAGAAGACUACGGCAACACGAUCUGAGUGCGAGGUGAAAGCCCGCGAACUCACUACGAGCGACAGGGUCGAGCCAGUGGCCAUUCAAGGCUGCCGCCUGAGCUCACUGGCUUUGAAAACGGGCAUAUCAGACUUGGCAACAGCUGUAUACGGAUCGUUCGCUCUAAGUGUCUCUCUGCAUGGGCAGCUAGGAACAAGUCAAGAAGGCGCAAGCAAUAAGGAGCCGCUGCUAGCUGCUAUCGCACAGUCUUCUGCUGAGUUCUUUCCUUUCAGACGAAACUUUUUCACUGGGGUUGCUAGCUUCUUCGUAAAAUCCUGGCUCGCCCCCUACUAUCGUGACGAUCUUAAAUCGACUAAUCUUCGAGAUCUUUGGGCUCUUAAACUCGUGCCACUUGACCGGCGUGAUCGACUGGGCUCCAUGCAUUUACAUAAUGGUUGGUUGAGGUUUCCGGACUACGAGCAGCUUGAGCAGCUAUUCUGGCUAAAUUUUGCUAAGGAAGUCGGCGGUAUGCCUGAGCAAACAUUGACUACUAUUAAGAAGGCACGCGUAUUAGGGUUCUUAUUGUCACAUGGGUUUGCUAGUCGCCUUGCCAAUGAGGCUACCCCCACGCCCCUUAAAGAUGACGAUCAUGGUCGCUACCAUAUGAUGUACGUGGACGGCUAUCUGGUCGAUCCUGCUACGAAGAUGGACGGUGUAUUCUGA